CGGCCCCUGACACCAGCCGUGCACGUUGCCCCUGCUAGUUUAAUCAUCUUUCUUUUUAACGAUGACUAAAUAGGAAUAAAACAUAAAAAUACUAGUAAACUUUAUCUGCCCUUGUAUUUGUUUCUUAAACUAAUUCCCGUAGAUUUCCCUCACGAUUUUUCCAACGUGCUCCCUCCAUUUUCUCAGGAAUUUGGGAGUUGCCGAGGGUAUGGAUGUGGGUAGUGCAUUUGAGAACUUGAUGGAUCCCUCUUGUUCAAGUGAUACGAAGCCGGAAAUGGGUGUUUUUGAGUGCAAUAUCUGCUUUGAAUUAGCUCAAGAUCCGACGGUGACUCUCUGCGGUCAUCUUUACUGUUGGCCCUGUCUUUAUCGGUGGCUGCAUGUUCAUUCGGUUUCACCCCAGUGCCCGGUUUGUAAGGCACUUAUUCAGGAGGAGAAGUUGGUUCCAAUAUAUGGGCGGGGAAAGCUAAGUUCUGAGCUUAGUAUGAGAUCGGUACCUGGAGAUGUUAUCCCCAAUCGCCCUACAGGGCAGAGACCUCAAACUGCUCCUGCUCCUGCUCCAUUUACAAACUUUCUUCGACAACAAGAAGAAUUUAAUUCAGUCGGGGAAUUUAUGCCAAUGGGAACCCCUAGGUUCGGCAAUUUAACAAUCUCUGCUCUUUUUGGCGCCAUCCCAUCAUUAUUUAACCUCCAAGUGCAUGGAUUUCAUGAUGCUACUAUCUAUGGAGCUACUACCGGUGUCCCUUAUUUGUUCUCUACUUCAUUUCAUGGCGGAUAUGCUCAUGGUUUUUAUCAACAUUCAGCUCAACAACAGGUUACAAAAUCUUUAUUGAAGAUCUGUUUCUUGUUUCUUGGUCUUCUCAUGAUCCUUCGACUAAUUUCAUUCUCACUGUCCUAUUCCUGAAGUUAAAUCAAUUUUAAGGAAUGUUAGUUAAGCUUAUGUAUAUGCUAGCUUGAUUAACCUCCAAGUGUUGGCCUGGAAGGCGGAAGCAGUUGCACUAUAUAUCUUUCCAGCGCUUUCAGAGGUUAAUUCUAUAGGUGAUCCACAUCAGCAUCUGCCAGUAUCUCCUUCUCUUUCCCAAUUAAAUAGUUUGUAGCUUAAUAUUGAAGUCUCAUAUCUGUCAUUACGGAUAUAUAUUAUGAUCAAAUUGUGUGGUGCCAUACAUGGCUAAUAAUGAUAGAUGAAUGGAUUCCACUUCCCUGUA